AAGAGAGGAGAAAGGUAGAGAAAGAGAGGAGAAAGGUAGAGAAAGAGAGGAGAAAGGUAGAGAGAGAAAAAGAGCUGUUAGUCUAAACCCUGUUGGGUUUCGUGGAGUACUGUGUGUGUGUGUGUGUGUGUGUGUGUGUGUGUGUGUGUGUGGUUGGUUGGUUGGUUGGUUGGUUGGUUGGUUGGUUGGUUGUACUGGACUCAGCUCGCUGACCAGUGGAAAGUAGAGUGGGAGGGGCAGUGUGCCGACUGUACAGCCUGACGGAGGGUCAGGCUUGGUUCCACCGGACAAUCUGCUGUCUCUAGCUUUUGCAACCAUGCUUGAAAAUAAAGGGGCACCAGAAGUGGAUUCUAGAAUGAGUAAUGCGUCAGAAACGAGUAAAUGUGGAAUGGAGAGUCAGAGUGGGGACGGCAACACAGAAAUCCAAACGAAUGGACUGGACUUUCAGAGGCAGACGCUUCAGACCACAAGCGCAAUCACCAACGCUCACACACAGGCUCUCCUCCAACAGUACAUUUCAAACACCCACCCCCCUUCCUGCUUUUCUCAUUCCAAGUCAGAAGACUCGGGUGCAAUUCCGACCUCCGUCCAGCAGGGGGUGCUGCCUCAGGCCCAGCUCAUGCUGGCUGGGGGACAGAUAGCUGGAUUGACCCUGUCUCCAGCGCAGCAGCAGUUGUUGUUGCAACAGGCCCAGGCCCAGCUCCUAGCAGCAGCCAUGCAGCAGCAGUCAGCCAGCCAGCAGAGCAGCACUACGGGGGCCAGCAUCUCUGCCUCUGCAGCCACCCCUAUCACACAACUGCCCCUGUCCCAGCCCAUCCAGAUCACCUCUAUUCCCUCUGGUUCUACCCAUCUUCCAGGCCAGCUAAGCCAGCUGGGAUACCCCUAUGAGAUGGCGACCUUCAGCAGUUACCUACCUCAGUUACAACAGCUGCAGCAGCAGAACCUGACCAUGCCCCAGUUUGUCCUGGUUCAGCCUGGCCACCACAUCGCUACCCAGCUGCAGCCUGGCCAGUUCAUCAUCUCACAGUCACCACAGGGCCAGCAGAGUCUCCUGCAAGCCCAGAGUCUUCUAACUCAACUACCUCAAAGCCAAGCCAACCUCCUGCAGACUCAUCCCAGCAUCACGCUCUCCACACAGCCAGCGACUCCAACCCGCACGAUAGCAGCCACUCCCAUCCAGCCUCUGUCCCACAGCCAGACCUCGCCCCCUAAACGCCUGGCCACGCCCAGUCUGGAGGAGCCCAGUGACCUGGAGGAGCUGGAACAGUUUGCCAAGACCUUCAAACAGAGACGCAUCAAACUGGGCUUCACACAGGGAGAUGUUGGCCUGGCUAUGGGCAAGCUGUACGGUAACGACUUCAGCCAGACCACCAUCUCCCGCUUCGAGGCCUUGAACCUGAGCUUUAAGAACAUGUGCAAGCUGAAGCCACUGCUGGAGAAGUGGCUCAACGAUGCAGUUUAUGCAGACAAUCUGUCGUCUGACCAGGCCCUGUCCAGCCCCAGCGCCCUGGGCUCCCCUGGCCUGGGUAUGGAGGGGCUGAACCGCCGACGCAAGAAGAGGACCAGCAUCGAGACCAACAUCCGUUUGGCCUUAGAAAAGAGAUUUCUGGAACAGAACCAAAAACCUACCUCUGAGGAGAUCACCAUGAUCGCCGACCAGCUCAACAUGGAGAAGGAGGUGAUCCGGGUGUGGUUCUGUAACCGCCGGCAGAAAGAAAAGAGGAUCAACCCCCCUAGUGGUGGAUAUAGCAACACCGGGACAGGCAGCAGCCCCAUCAAAACCAUCUUCACCCCUACGACCCCCCUGGUGGCCAGUACGGCCAGCCUUGUGACCAGUAACACACCGACCACACUGACUGUAAACCCAGUGAUGCCUCUCAACAGCACCAGCGUGUCUGGCCUGACCUUCACAGGCACGACCAUAGGAGCGACCACAAACACAGCGUCUGUCAUCUCCACGGCACCCAUGGUUACUGCGGUGACCAGCUCCUCAUCGCUAAGCCCCUCCCCCACGGCCCUCCAGGCCACGGCGGCGGAGACCGGCGGAACCCAGGAGCACACGGUGGUCACGCAGGCACCGUCGUCCCUAGCGACCACUCUGGGGACGGGUCAGGUGAUGGUGGCUGGACUGGGCCUGUCGGCCGCCCUGCAAGGCGCCGCCCAGUUACCCACCAGCUCUAGUUUCGCCGCCAUGGCCGGGCUUAACCAAGGACUUAUGGCGUCAUCGCAGUUCACUCCUGGGGGGGCCUUGCUGAGCUUGGCUCCAGGGGGGCUGGGAGGGGCUCUGAACCCCGCCAUGUUGAGCAACAGCACCCUGGCCACCAUCCAAGGUCUGUGGAGCGCUCUGGCAUCAGGCGGUGCUCUUCCCAUCACCUCGCUGGAUGGGAGCGGUAACCUGCUGUUCGCCAACACCUCCGCCGGCAGCACCCCCAACCUGAUGCAACCCCUCUUCCUGAACCCCCAGAACCUGUCCCUGCUCACCACCAACCCUGUCAACCUGGUGUCAGCCGGAGCUGCUGGGGGAGGGGCCCUGCAGGUCUCAGCUGACCACCAGGUCACCACGGCGACUGUACCAGUUCCCGCCUCCACCAUCACCACUGCCUCCAGGGCCCAGUGAAGCUGGAGGCCUCAAAUGGAACCCUAUGCCCUAUUUAGUGCACUACUCUUGGUUAAAUGUAGCGUACGAUAUGUCUGGCUCUGGCCAUAUUAGGGCACUAUAUGGGGGAAUAGGGCUGUUGUUUGGGAUUUGGCCUUAGACUAAUGGCUCUACCCACCUGUUCCUCUUCUUCCUUCUCUCUGUCAUCUGUCAUUAUUUAAAUAUUUUGCUGCCACCAAAAAGAAACCCUCUGUGAAGCGGGUUGGAAUUUAUUUUUUAAAAAUGUUGGUCUUUUUUCCAUUCUCUCUUCCCUAGUACUCCAAAAAUGUUGGUCUUUUUUCCAUUCUCUCUUCCCUAGUACUCCAAAAAUGAUGUUUUUUGUCGUUGGAUGCGUCAGGUCACACAGGAGGACUGGGGCGGCCAUUUUCUGAGGCAUGAUCGUCUUGAACUCUAUGGUUUGUGCUCCUUGUGUGACGCCUGACCAACGUGUUGGGAAAGUAAAUAACAGAGAAGACCCACCUUUUCUACUCCGUCACCUUUUUCACAAGUAGAGAUCUUUCUCUUCCCUGUUCAGAACUUAUUCUGAAGUACUUCUAACCAAAAAUGUGUGAUUUUUACUUUUAAAAAUUUUAUUCUAACAAAAAUGAUUUACUACUAAGUUCACAAUCUACAUCAUCACUAAAAGGGGGGUUUGUGCGUCUCCCCUGUCUAGGUUGAGUUUAUAGUGUCGGAGGCUCUGUUGGAAAGGCCUCAGCACGAAUAUCAAAGUUUUAUUUUAGAAGCGUUCUCGUUUUAGUUUGUUUUCUCUUGUUUUUAUGUGAGUGGACAUUUUCAGAACUUUACGUCUAACAUUAAGUUUUAACUGCUAUAUAUAUAAUUAGUUUUAUCGUGGUUAUAAGGCUUUAAAAAUCUAGUAAUAAUAAGUGGCUGAUAUAUAACGGUUAUCGUUGCUUUAAGGAACAGGGUUAGCUGCGUGGUCUCGCUCUGGUCCUCUCGGUCUGGUAACACUGAGUUUGACAUUUCGCAGUAGCCCAGUGGCCAUGGAGCAUUUGUAAAUGGUAGUCUAGGUGCGGACCAUAGACACUGAUAUAAGAACUGAUAACGCUUAGAGCUUUAACCCGGGUUGCAUAUGGACCCAUGUCUGUGGGGUGGUGGUUGCGUGUUGUGGGGUUCAUGGUGGUGGUGGGGGGUCAGGGUUCACAGUUCAGGGGUCAGGCAGUAUAGGGGCUAAGUGGUUGUGACCUUUACAGCUCAGGCAAAUACAGAUGCCUCAGUUAGCUGUAUGAUACAUGGAGUUCUGUGACUGAGUGUUCUCUGACGGGCUGUCUGUAUGGUUGCCAUGCCAACUGGAUGACGUUGGUGUGCGGUAGAUGGGGACGUUGUGUAUAUUUGCUGAGAUAUUUUUCAUUUUUUUUAAUGCCAUUGUUUUUUUAAUGCCACCAAUGAACUGCAGUCUGCCUGUUUUGAAAGACUUAAACAUUCUGUCAUGUUUUCUAACAUGUUUUAUGGUCCUUUAUUUCUGCAGUCUUUUGACUGGCUUACUUCAAAUAUACCAAAAAUAUUUGUUAAAACUAGUGCUGUUUAUUGUCAGUGUAGCUUAGCCUAGUCCUAAUAUUUAUGAGUACAAAAUCUCUCUCUCUCUACACACACAACAGGAGAUGAAAUGCAAUAUGUUGAUGAUCACUUUCCAAAGACAAACGUAUUUUUAAAUUUGACUAUGGCUCUCCCAGCUCAGCUUUAAAGUAGCAGGGCAAAUAACCAAAAAGAAAGGGAUGGGAAGAUGGGAGGUCAGGUGUCUCCCUGAAUAAUGUUCAUAUAUUUGAGGGGUGUUUAGGUUUGAAUGGUAGCGGUUAUAUGAUAUCAAUGGGUGCUUAUCCUCUAGGCUCGGUCUCGUUUCUCUACAUGUUUCCACCUAUGAUGAUAUGGCAGACUGUCCGGACCCUUUCUAGACUGGCAUAUCCGAUGGGCAACAGUUUGGACUGUAGUCAGGCUUUCAAUAGUCUGGUAAGGGCUGUCCAUUUUGAGUUUUUCUACUAAUCCUCAGCCAUGAAAUAAAAAGCUUGAACCAAAGUCGUUUUCUCACUAGCUGCUGUGCCUGUGUGAGCCAGCAAGUGCUGUUCACACGAUCACUAUUUUACAUAAUACUACUACUGACAAGUUUUCUCCUCUUAAACCCACCUGUGUGCAUCCCCCACCUCUAACCCGCUUCUAAGGAACAAGGAUAUUUUGGCUUUAAUGACCAGCUGCUUUAACUUAGAAUGGAGGCAAAUGUUCUUCGUGUUUUCUUCUUCUGGCUUUGUGACCACAUCCUGUUAGCAGGUCUCGAUUUCUUGUGGUUGAAGCCUUCUCUCCUUACCCUCAAUGCCCAGCUAGCUUUACUAUGGGGAGCUCAUCCACUGGCAGCACCAGUAAAGACGUUUCGGACCAAGAUCCUGACCUGUAACCAAGCAGCGUAGCCUCUGUGCUGCCCUUAUCGAACUGCCCCUUUUCAGCACACAGCAAUAGUGUUGUUCUGUCGGCCCUAACAUAACCAGAUUAAUGACUGCCUAGUUUGAAAGCAGAGAAUUGGCUCCACGCUGUUCAGUUUUUGUGCUCCUUUUUCACCCGUGAAUUACUUUGACUAAAUACCUCAGCAGCACUUAGACAUUAGGUUCUCUAAGAAAUCUGACACCCGCUGAAUAUUAUAGAAUGUACAAGAACUGUAUGGCUGAAUUGUACAAGAUGGCAAAAAAGAGUUAUCGUUAUCUCAAACUAGGACAAACUACUACUGCUGUUUUCUAGUACUACUACUUAUGGGUAUUUCCAGGUUUUAACAGUUUAACAUUAUUUUGUGAUCCUUCUUGCCAAAGCAAAGCGAAAGCCUUUCUCUCUGCGGCUGGGUUGAUGUCUCCAUGCUGCUCACUUGGCUGGUGUUCUGUCCGAAUGGGACUUGUCGUUCUAUUUGUAGUCCUGUUUGUAGUCAUUCACCAGUCGUGAAGUGCGGUAGCUAGGUGAACCAGUGUCCAUUGGCACCAUUGGAAGUUAAUGAAAUAUUUAUCUGCGGAACGACUAAAGAAUAAGAGAAAAAAAGCUUUUUUUCUCUCUUCAUUCUAUACAUAUAUAUAUAUAUAUACACAACACAUGUAAGAUAUUCAUAUUUUAUAUUUGAACUAGUAUGUUAUCAAGACUGAAUGUGGUGUUUUGUCAUGCUUAUAUUCAAAAGACAAAAAAAUGUUUUUUUUUAUUAAUCAUAGCAAUUUUGAAAAACUUUCAAGACCAAAAACUUAGACCGCACCCCCUUGGUGCAUGAAUCACAGACACCUGUAGCCAUCACGUGUGGGUGUGGUCUGUUGAGUGGGAGGGGCUUGCUCUGGUGCUCCUAUUGGACAGUCCCCGUUUGUGCUGUUACUAGGGGAAACAGACUGAAGCGCCUAAUCUUUCAUUGUCUUUUUUGUCUGUGUGUUUGGUUUACUAUGGACUUGAUUUGCUGUGCUGUUUUUAACAAUUGUUUUAGAUUUUUUUUUAAAUUACAUAUGCCUUUAAUUGUUUUGUAUAGCACGAGAGGGCAAGAUCACUGGCUUCCUUAGUUUGACAAAAUAUGAAAAUGAUAAUUUACGCCUUAUCGUUAUUUAGAAGACAAAAGCAUUGUAGCAUAUGUUUGUGUGAGAGUAAUCUAGUGAGAAGAGGCUGCCUCCUCGCUAUCUUUUGUGUUUAGCUAGCCUACUCAGUGCAUAGUUCUUGGGCUUGUGCUGUUCUGGCACAGUUAUGUUGCUACCUAUGACUUUAGGGGUGACUUAGACAGGUGGCAAUACCUGUAGGAAAGGCUUUACUAUUAACUGAACUCCAGCAGAGGUGUGUGUGUGUGUGUGUGUGUGUGUGUGUGUGUGUGUGUGUGUGUGUGUGUGUGUGUGUGUGUGUGUGUGUGUGUGUGUGUGUGUGUGUGUGUGUGUGUGUGUGUGUGAGAAAGGAAGAGCUGACUGCAGACCACAACGGUGCAUUUGUUUUCAGCUUACAGAUAAAGUAUAAUGAUAAGAGCAUUCAAGGAAGAUGGGAAUGAGAAUAUGGAACAGUAGCUGAGUGUGUCAGUGAUCCAUUGCCUCUUUGUUGGUAUGCGAUGGUGCACCAGUGAAUCCUAUGGUUUGCUAUAUUUAAUUAUAACCUGUUGUGAUGGCUCAGUCAGUGGAUCCUUCAAACAUACAGGAUCUUUGUGCGUUAGAGUGGAUCCUCUUUGAUACAGUUUUAUUGUGUUUGGUGCCGUUGUGGAUCUGGAUGUCUCUCAGGUUUGUCUGAUGCUCUAGAAGUGGUUCUGUGUGGUGGGUGUAAAGGUUUAGUAAAGGGAGAGGGCAGCGAGACACCAGGAAGUCUGGGGUAACUAGCUUGGUUAAGGGAGCUGCUGUAUACCUCAUUUUUAGCUCAAGACUGAGUGAAACUUGCUUUAAAUCUACUUUAGUAAAGAAAAAUAUUAAACUUAAGAAAAAAACAAAAACAUAAACAACACCAAAAACACAUGGUCCUAUCAGAGAAGCUCACAAAUGUCUGUUUUAAGAGUACAGAGUGUCAUGACAGCUGCUGCCACCGGGGGGAGACAGGACAUACUCCAGCACUUAAGAAUGUCUGCUUCUCUUUAUUUUUUACAAGAACAACAUCAUCAUCGCUCACGCUAAACACACAGUGACCUCUCACACCUCCACCUCCUAUUAUAAUGCUGAAAGUAUACUCACAUUUCACUUUUUAGUAGUAUGUACUUGAUUUAUCCCAAUCUUAUUAUGUUUUCUAUGAUUUGACAAUCCUGUCCUUUUUUAUAUUCUUAUUUAGAUUGUAAAUGUAGAUGUUGGUGUGUCUACUCACCUGGUGGUGCACUGCCUCGCUGCACUCUCUUUCCUGUGGUAAUGUUAACCAAAGACUUCCAAAGUGAUUGUAUAUGGACUAGACCAUCUCUCACCCCUCCGCCUCAUCAUCCCACGAGAAAAGACAUGCAGCUGUGCUCACACACGCUCUUCCCUGAGCACCUGUAAUGUCGAUACGCCUGUAUGGCAGAGCUGUGUGUGCGUGCGCGCUGCGGACACAACAGGCACCUGUAGCAGGGCCUGUGGGGGAGGAUAGGUAGAGUUUCGAGGGGCAAAGUGAGGUUCUCUGAUAGACAGAUCAAUUAUCCAAUCCCGUGAUGGCUGGGUGAUGUUUGUUAAUACACAUUGAGGGUGCAUCCUGUGCACGCUGUAAAGGCUCAGGAGUCACUUUUUCUGUCCCUCUGUCUGUCUCUGUCUGUCUCUGGGACUGUUGCUAGGACACACCUUUUCCGUCUCAAAGACGGUCACAAAAAUACACGGUUUCUGCUUCUUUGGAUACAGUGCAUCUGUCUGGCUCCCUAUCUGUGUAUUGUAGUUGCCAGGAUACAUUGUCUCUAGGAUACAAAUUCUCUGGUUCUUUCUCUCUGUCUCACCACUGUUUUCUUUCUUUCUCUGUGUCUCUCUCUUGCUUCUUUCUCCUGCUGUGACACUAUGCAUCAUGGUCCUUCACUACACAUGGCCUGAUUGGCUAAGCUCUUUGGUCAAUGGAGUCCCAGGGAAACGUUAUAUGAUGCUUUAUUCCAAGUGGGGGAGUUGUAGGAUCUCACAAGCGCUAUCCCAAAGCAAAAAAUAUCCAAAUAAUGUUUGACAAACGCAGAUACCAAAGAUAACUCUCUCUGUCCUGUCACUCUCUCUUUCUCUCUCUCUCCCUCUUCCUCUUUCUCUCACCCUGCAGCUUGUGUAUUAAGAGAUAAACCCAGCACUGGCUUUAGCCCUAGCCCCAGUAAUUCCAAAGCUUAGAUGUAUAUUUUGGUAUAUUUCUGAGAAAUCUAAAUGGGGAAAAAAAGUAUGUUGUUUUAAAACAACAAUCUUGUCUGUUUGGUGUAUCGAUCUUUUUCUGUCACAGCAUGGAACUAAUUGCAGAAUUGUCUUACUCUUGGUAGAUUAAAGAUAUAGUAUUUUUGUAUGUUUUGGGGUGUGUAAAAAAAUUCUGUGUGUGUGAAUAUAUCAGUUAACACGGCCCAAGUGUCAAUGGUUUAAAAAAGAAAACUAGCAGAAAAAUACAAUAAAAACAAAAGGUCAACUUGUAAAUAUUACUUCUGUUUGUGGAUUUUUGAGAAAUGCAUUCUGUAAAAUCAUUGAUAAUUCUCCCUCUGUAAACCAAGCUUGGGCUAAACUAAAGGAAUGUGCCCCUUUUAUCUUCUGACUAGUUUUUCCUCUGAGUACACCAUCUGUCACUCUAGAACUCUGGGAGCCAUGCUGCCGUUGUGACUCGCGGUUCCACUGUUACAUCAUGGACUAGAACACUGCUCACUGUUGCCACGGGGACACAUGCCUCAUAUCCAACUAAGAACCCCCCCAGACAUGGCGGUUGGCAGCAUAUAGAACUAUAAAGAUUGUGUAGAACAUUAAGUAUGUGAAUCAGGAUACAUGGUAGAUUUGAUGCAUUUGUCUGCUGUAUUUUUGUUUUAGUUUUUUAUAUGUAUAUAAAGAUGAAUCUUUUACUGUAACUGUACAGUUCUCUUUUGUUGUAAAUGUCAUUAAACCAUUUUCCAGGUGUUUUAA